GGGGGACGGAAGUGGGGCGGCGAACGAUUUCUAAUGCAAGUGCAUACAAAGGUAUGUAUGAAUGGCAUGACUAUAUGAUCUUCAUCUUCCUAUGCAGUAUUCUUCCUGUAUUCGACAGCAAGAACAUUCCACAAUGGUCAACGCAAUUAUCAUCGGUGCCGGGCCCUCGGGCAUCGCAAUGGCGCACAAGUUAAAGCAGACUUUGGGGUUCGAUAACUUCACGGUGUACGAGAAAUUGGAUGGUGCAGGAGGCACAUGGAGAACGAACAUCUACCCAGGAUGCGGAUGCGACAUUCCUACACAUCUUUAUUCAUUCAGCUUUAACCUAAACCCGUACUGGUCCAAGGAGCUUUGCGAUCGCCAGGAGAUCCUUGAUUACAUGGAGGCUACAGUUGACAAAUUCUCUCUUCGCGGACACAUUGUGUUUAACACUUCUUGUGAAGGCGGACGAUGGAUUGAGAAUGAGAAAGUGUGGGAGGUCACCUUCCUGGACGAACUCACAAAGCAGCGCUAUACAAAGAAGGCGACCAUUUUCAUAUCAGCGAUUGGUAGUAUCGCCGAACCAAGAAAGCCAAAGUUUCCUGGAAUCGAAACAUUCGAAGGAGCGGUCUUCCAUACAGCACGGUGGGACAAGAAUUACGAUUACCGCGGCAAGCGAAUGGCACUCAUUGGGAAUGGUUGCAGCGCAGCUCAAGUCGUCCCAAGCGUGGUGUCUAAAGUGGCGUACCUGAAACAAUUUGCUCGAAGCGCACAGUGGUACCACGAGCGACCCAACCGUGAAUUUUCAUCCUUUGAGAAGCUCCUAUUCAGAUUCGUUCCCUUUUGGCAGAGGUACCACCGGUACUCGAUAUUCAGUUCUAGCGAUGCACUAGUCACCACGUACGGGUCGAGCGAAAAAUCGAAGGUUUUGAGAGCGGCUACUGAGAAAUCCGCAAAGGAGUAUAUCUACUCAAUGGCACCAAAGAAAUACCACGACUUUAUCGUGCCAGAAUUCCCUCUCGGGUGCAAGCGUAGGAUAUUUGAUCCUGGUUACCUGGAAGCUUUGCACGCCGAGAACAUGAGUUUGGUGCCUGAGGGAAUUUCUAAGAUUGAUACUAAGGGUAUCACAAGCGCAUCUGGCGUGCGUGAAGAGUUUGAUGUUAUUGUUCUUGCAACUGGGUUUGAAGUCGCAAACUUUCUUGGACCACUCAAAGUCAUUGGCAAGAACAAGAUCGAUCUUCACGAACAGUGGAACUCAGGUGCUGGCGCUCAGGCGUACAUGGGUGUAUUUGUGCAUAACUUUCCAAACUUUGCGCUGAUGUUCGGUCCGAACACAUUCCCAGCUCACAACUCUGUCAUUUUCGCAUCGGAAGUGCAAGUUGAUUACAUUGCAAAGACGCUUGUAGUCCCUCUGCUCACUGGACGCGCAGCCACAAUUGAGGCAAAGCAAGAGGCCGAGGAUAGUUUUGUAGCAGGCAUUGAUGAUGAGCUCAGUGGUACCGUCUUCUCUAGUGGCUGCUCUAACUGGUACAUCAACAGCAAGGGGCGGAACACAGCGUCUUGGCCCGGAUUUGCUUCCACUUUUUGGAGAAGAACAUACUUCCCAAAGUGGAAUGACUUUGUGUUGCAAGGCGGUAAUAGGACGUGGGUCUUUGCCUUUGCUUAUAGGUCGAUCUUAUCGCUCUUGCUAUCAACGAAGGGUCUUCUUGCACUAGUUGCUCUCUUUGGUACCUGUGCGAAAGACUCAGCUGCAUGGGAAAGGCUCCAAGAUCAACUAAGCCGAUUGCUCACUAGAUAGAUUGUAG